AACGCCUCAUUAUCUGUCUGUUUUCGUUCUUGAAGGCCACAAAGGAAGCUAAAAGGAGUCCCUUCAGUGUUUUUUGCCCUUCGUGACCUUAAUUUGGAUUUUUCAGUGUCUAAGUGGGUCUGAUGAGAGUUUGUGGGUGUCUCAUUAGAAGCAGAAUUAGCAGAUUUAGUGAGAGAACGUCAGGUUAUAAAAAACGCCAGGAGGAGUUCUUCCUUUGCAGAGCAGUUUUUUUUUCUUUUUGGGUGUCUCUUUAUGCUCGAGGUUUGGUUUUAGAGAAAGACCAAAUAAUCCGUGAGCUGAAGAAAUGGAGCUGCUGAUGCUUGAAGGAGCCUCCAUUUCUUUCAGUCAGAGGUCAAACCAGACGUGGGAGCCUGACCGUCCAGUGUUCUUCAUCAUCCAGGGACUCUCCAGCCUUGGCGAGAUGAAGAUGGUCCUGUUUGUCAUCUUUCUGCUGGGAUACCUGGUGAUCCUGGGGGGGAACAGCAUGAUCCUCUUUGUGACGCUCUCAGACUCCAGGCUCACCUCCCCCAUGUACUUCUUCCUCCAAAACCUGUCUUUUGUGGACCUGGUCUACACCACCACCACCAUCCCCAACAUGCUGGCUGGCUUCCUCAUGGACCGGUUGACCAUCUCCAUCCCGGGCUGCUUCCUGCAGAUGUAUUGCUUCCAUCAGCUCGCCGUGACGGGGCGUGCCAUCCUCACCGUCAUGGCUUAUGACCGCUACUUGGCCGUCUGCAACCCCCUGCGCUACACCGCCAUCAUGACCCGCUCCGUGCGAAUGCUGCUGGUGACGGGAGCCUGGAGCUUCGGCUUGUUCUGCACGCUGCCCCCCACUGCAGUGGCCUACCUGCGGCCCUACUGCGGCCCCAACAUGGUCCGGCACGGCUGGUGUGACCUGUCGUCAGUCAGGACGCUGGUGUGCGCCGACACUUCCAUGGACAACGUCAUGUCCCUCUCCUUCGCCAUGGUCGCGCUGCUGACCACGGGGGUCCUCAUUCUCACCUCCUACUUCCUGAUCGCCGCCUCCAUGUACCGGAUGGGCGUCGCCGAGAGGCUUAAGGCCUUCAGCACAUGCGCCGCCCACCUCACCGUGGUCUCCAUCUCGUACAGCGCCGCCUCCUUCGUGUACAUUUCAUAUAGAGUGGGAAACUUUUCAUCAGAGGUGCGCAUCAUCGUGUCGGUGCUGUACUCCGCCCUGACCCCGUUCCUCAACCCCAUGAUCUACAGUCUGAGGAACAAGGAGCUGCGGAUGGCCAUCAGGAGGACUCUGGUCUGCUUCCGACCUGCUGCCAUGUCUACUGUGAAGGCCAUCAGUACAUAACCGCCAUUCCACCUGGAACUCCAAGAGUUCAGAUGAUCUACAAUUGCAUCAGCUCCAUCCAUGAGCGGAUGGACUGACUCCUCCCUGCAGCGUUGAACAAAUCCAACAAGUUCCUCUUGAUCUAUGAUCUAAA